ACAACUCGCAGAUCGAGUCCAAGCAUUCACCGGAGAAUCCCAAAUCACACUCUCCAGUAACCGCCCGCUUCUCCAGCCGCAUCUCUAGCCGAGUCUAUCUCCUCCUCCUCCUCCGCCGCCGCAACUAUCCUAAUGGCUCGCUUCGCCGUGGUCGCCGCCAUCGUCGCCCUCCUCGCCGUCGUCGCGGCGGCGCAGGCCCCGGCCGCCACCCCGACCACAGCUCCCAAGGCCGCGCCCAGGAUGGCCCCGCUGCCGCCACCCCCUGUGCGGUCCCCGGCCACCGCCCCGGCGCCGGCCGCCAAGCCGCCGACCGCCGCGGCGCCGUCCCCGCUGGCCUCUCCUCCGGCCCCGCCCACCGAGGGCCCCGCCGCCUCUGCGCCGUCCGCGAAGGCCCCGACCUCGUCCGUCUCCACCACCCCGGCCGGCGCCCCCACCGUCGCGCCUUCCGGCAGCGGCGCCGCCUCGCGCGCCUCCGCCCUCGGCUUCGUCGCCGUCGCCGGCGCGGUCGCAGCCGCCGUCAUGUUCUAGACGCCUCCCCGCGGCGUCGGGCGGUGCUGUUUAUACUAUCGUGUUUUACUUUUGUGCGUGUGUGUGUGGGUGGGUCGUGGGUGAUUCUUUCUUAGAUACUGAGAGAGCAGAGGUUAUGUGAGAGAUUCUAGUGGGGGUAGCGAUGGGCUGUUACAUAUGAAUAUCAUGAUUCAUGAUCCAGAGGAUUAUUAAUGGAAUUCUUUCAUUUGUUUCUAG